AUGGAGUCGUGCACGCAGAUUACCAAUCAGCUGAUGCUCAAGGGAAUCGAGAAAGGGGUUUCCAAGAACAUAGUGUCUUCUCCACUAUCAAUCAACGCCGUUCUAAACAUGUUGGUUGCAGGAUUAACGGGUGAUAGUUUGAAGCAAAUGUUGGGCUUUCUUGGGUCCAAGAACGUCGAUGAAAUCAAUUCAAAAUCGAGACAAAUGAUGGCGAUGCUGCGUGGUGGUGAUGGUCCGGUGUUUACCAUGUACCCGAUCAAAUUUUGCCGUACCCGGUACGUUUUUGCCUUACCGGCGCCGUACCCAUACCCGUACCCGUACCCGGCUAAUCAAGUGGUAGAUGAAAUUAACUUGUGGGCUGAUGCUGCAUCAAGGGGUCUUAUAAAAAAUAUUCUCCAAUGUGGGUCCGUACCUAUAGACACAACACUCAUCUUUGCAAAUGGACUCUACUUUAAAGGAAUUUGGGAAAAUAAAUUUGAUGCAGCGCGGACUAAAGAUAGAAAAUUCUAUCUUCUAAAUGGGGACAAUGUUUCAGUUCCGUUCAUGAGUGAUAUUGUUGAAAAGUACUAUUACGGGGCAUUCGAUGGAUUCAAGGUUCUUAAAAAACCAUAUGCAAGUCGCCAGCCCAACAAUUUCUCUAUGUAUUUUUUUCUCCCGGAUGAGCGAGAUGGGUUGCAAAAUCUUCUUGGGAAGUUCAAUUCUGACUCUAGAUUUCUGAAUGAGGAGUACUUUGAGUUAACGAAAGAGAGGCUUGACGAAUUUUGGAUCCCGAAAUUUAAAUUCUCAUUCGAUUUUGACUUUUCUGAGGUCAUGGAUGACAUGGGGGAAUCGUUGUCUAUAAUUAAGAAUCCGAGAGACUUGUCCGAGAUGGUGCAUAAUUCUGAGGAUAUCCCCUUCUUUACCUUAAACAUGCUUUAGAAAGCUUAUAUUGCAGUAGAUGAGAAUGGAACGGAGGCUUCAGCUCAUGCGCAGUUGAGAGGAGGAGGUGCACCCCCUCUGUCAGGUUGCCGUUUUGUUGCUGAUCAUCCUUUCGUAUUCAUGAUCAGGGAAGAGCGAUUGGGUUAGUUUUUUUCACUGGAGCAGUAGUCAAUCCAAUCCAAGAGGAUUGAUUAGGUACCUGUUCUUAGAACCUGUAUGGUUAUUGUCACUUUGGUUUGGAUUUUCUUUGUGUGUUGAAUAACUGGAGUUUUGACUUGUUAAAGUUUGAACUUAAUGGUUGAAGUUUUCUCUAUGAUAAGUAUC